AGCAACUUUUUGGCGUCGAGUUCUAAAAAACACGCUGCAAGCUCUCAUACAAUCACACGGUGUUGCAUUUGCAUUGCUUACUAUACGCAGCGUGAGCUCGCGAGCGCUUGAAGCCUGCAUCACAACAACAACACCAGCUCUCCAGCCCGAGAGCGCCACGCCGCCACCGCGACACGCUAAGGCAGCGACAGACGAUAAAGCAGCGACAGACAAUAAGCAGCGACAGAUAGAGCAGCACACGACGCAAGACCAUGGCCGCCCUCACGGAAAAAUUCAAGCGCGGCGUCGAGGUCGACACGACCUGCGCCACUGCACAACCAGGAGACGGCGCCACGUUCCCGAAGAAGAACGACACGCUGCGCAUGCACUACACCGGAACGCUGGCGAAGGACGGCUCGAAGUUCGACAGUUCGAGGGACCGGGACAAGCCGUUCGAAUUUACGAUCGGCACGGGCCAGGUCAUCAAGGGCUGGGACGAGGGCGUCAUGAAGUUGUCGCUGGGCCAGCGGGCCACUCUAAAAAUAUCGUCGGACUACGGGUACGGCGAGAAGGGCCACCCGCCCGUCAUCCCCGAGGACGCUGAUUUGGUCUUUGACGUCGAGGUGCUGGCGAUCAACGGCAAGAAGGCCUUCUAUACGGCUGAUGAAUUCGACCGCUACGUGACGAAACUAGAAAGCUGGCGCGCGGCGCAGCUCGAGAAGUUCGACGCCAAGGAGGCCUUUCGGGAGAAGAAAACCGCGAAGCACGGCGACCGCGCGGGCUUCGAGGCGUGGCUCGCCGGCGAGGUCGAGAAGAACAAGGGCGCCGUGCGCGUGCGCUGACGAC